CUAUCUGUUGCAUUUUGUCUGCAGCGCCGAGAGAGAAAGCUAACCAGUUAGCAUCACAGUAGACUGUCUAGUGGAGAACCGACUUUAUAUUUGAGUAGAAAACAUAAACUGUUCCGCUAAAGGGAUGAAUAAGCGAGAAGGUGAGGGAUGGUCUCGGAGAAAUGCUGAAGCUGCACAGGAGCGGGACGUGCACGCCAACUCGGCCUCGCCGGUCAUCGCUGCCUUUAAAGUUUUCCAGCAGGAGCUCGACACCAGGCACGACAAGCACGAGCGUCUCGUUAAGAUCAGCCGAGACGUCACCAUUGAAAGCAAGAGGGCCAUUUUUCUUUUGCACAGAGUGACCAGCGUCCCCGAUGCAGAGCGGCCCCCGAUUCUGAACGAGGCCGAGGGCAAGCUGGAGGGAGUCAGACAGAAGAUUGGUCAAAUUGCAGAGGAGCUGAGAGGAGAGGAUAUUUUUCAGUUUCACAGAGCCUUCACUGCAGGAAUCCAGGAGUACGUGGAGGCCGUCUCCUUCCUGCACUACAUCCGUCACCGCGGCCUCAUCAGCCUGGAGGAGAUCAACGCCAGGCUCGUCUUCAUGAAAGCGGAGAACCCGGAUCCGAAGGACCCGGCUGAAGCGGCGCCUUCGGGAGCUCACGUUCUGACCUUCCAGGUGACGCCGGCCGACUACCUGCUGGGCGUGGCCGACCUGACGGGGGAGCUGAUGCGGCUGUGCAUCGGCAGCGUGGGCAACGGCGACAUAGACACGCCCUUCCAGCUGAGCCAGUUCCUGCGGCAGAUCCACGACGGCUUCUCCUACAUCGGGAACACGGGCCCGUACGAGGUCUCCAAGAAGCUGCACACGCUCCGACAGAGCCUGGGCAAAGUGGAGGACGCCUGCUACGCCCUGCGCGUCCGCGGCUCCGAGAUCCCCAAGCACAUGCUGGCGGACGUGUUCUGCAGCCGGACCGCCCACUUGGACACGGAGGAGGGAGUAGUUUAGUGAAAAAAAACCAAAAAAAAAAAAACCCUCUUGAUAACCUUUUGUUGUUGUUAACGCGAUGCAUUUUUAACAGGGUUUGAAAGCUGUUCCGGCGACACGCCCGUUAAUUUCACAUGAAUACUGUUAGAAUUCAAAACAGUUUGUGUUCUGUGUUGAGAAUGUGAAUAUUUCAGCUGUUUUGCAUGAAUAAAAGUUCUGUUGUGCUCUCUCUCUC